CAGAAAAGGGAGAGUCGGGGGUGAGACCCACUAGAGAAUGAUGAAUUACAGAACAAUGCAAAUUCCUAUAUACGGACUCUGAUGCACAUAAGGACUCCAAUCAAACCCACCCUGCUUGCAUCCUUCCCUACUCAGGAUUGAAUUGGGAGGUUUAUUCGCUUCCAUUCCCCUAAAAACAGAAUGAACCUCUCUGGUUUUCCUUCAUCCUCUUCCAGCAGGAUGACGAUGGCGACGUCUAGAUAUUUGUGACGGCGGUGGACUAGGUGACGGCGCGGCAGCAUUCGUUCGAAGUGAAUUCUGGAGAACGAUAGUGUCUUGCCGAAGGAAUAAGAGAGAAGAAACUAAAUUCGGAGGAGGAAGGAUGUGUGUGAUUCUCGAGGGAGGAGAAGACCGGAAACAGGUGGGUCAACUUGCAGGCAGCGUGCUUGUGCCGCCUCCCAACUUCUCAACCGUGGAAGAUCUCUGCAUUUACAGAUCAGGGCUCCCGCAGCCCUCCAAUUUCCCCUUUAUUCAAACCCUCAAUCUUCGCUCUAUCAUAUUUCUGUGUCCCGAGCCUUACCCUGAAGAGAACAAGGCCUUUCUCCGCCUUAACAAAGUAAAGCUUUUCCAAUUUGGAAUCGAAGGGACCAAGGAACCAUCUGCUAUACCCAGGAGUGCCAUAACUGAGGCUCUUAGAGUCGUAAUUGAUGUGAGAAACCAUCCGGUGCUGAUCCAUUGCAAGCGCGGGAAGGUAACAUGCCAAAUUACUAAUUUCUAGUUUGUAUGGUUAUUCUCUCAGGAAAGAUAAUCUUCUAUUCAAUUAUUUAUCGAGUCUCGAGCUCUAUCUUUUAUUUAUCAUUGUCAUGAAAAUUUAUUUGGCAAUCUGGCAAUCUGCUCAGCUGUCUAGUCUUCUGUGAUAAAAGCUUUCAUGAUACGAUUGUUGGAGGACCAAAACACCCAGCCAUCCCGUGUUCUCAUUCACCUCCGAGGACUGGUCACUGACUCGUUAUCUGUGGCAUUCAUCACCUUCUUGUUUCACUGCCCAGUGGUCAGUGAGAGCCACACCACCGGCUGCUGACAUAAAUUGCUGGUGCUGGCUCAUAGCCGGCAUCUGCGAGCCACUAAUCAUUAGUCAGUGUUCACCAAGAUGGCGUCUACAGUUAAUGGGAUGACGUCGGUGAUUGCUUAGCUGCAGUGGUUGUCAAUGGGUUUGAGUAUAAUAUUCUAAAUUUAUUUGGACAUGAGGGUAUUUUGGAUAGUAACUUUAGCAUUCUUUUUUUACGUUAAGUACUCUUCUGUUCAUGUUAGUUUAUCUUGUUUCAUGAAAUCAUACAUCUUAAGAAAAUGAAAUGAGGUAGAAAAAUUUUGAUACUAUCUAAUUUGACCCAUUAUAGUGACUCUCCCAUUUAUAUUCCCAUUGACGAAAAAUGGUAAAUUGAAUAUAUUAAAAAGGGUAAGUUUGGGAGAAUAUGCUACUUAAGUAAAUACGUUUCAUUAAUGGUUAGAUAAAACAAGAACAGGUUCAUCAAUCUUGAUAGUUAAAUAGGAACGAGGAGAGUACUAGGUUAGGAAUAAAACAUAUAUUGUCCUAUUUAGAGAAAAAAUAGAUGUAUUAGCCUAUGCAGAGCAACUGUUUCUAAUAUCACAGAUGUGGCUUAAAGUUCACCGGUCUCACUGGAGACCAGCUACUUGACUGGUGGUUGCUAACCCCCUGCUCUAUUGCAGCACCGAACAGGCUGUCUGGUUGGGUGCCUCAGGAAGUUGCAGAACUGGUGUUUGUCUUCUGUGUUGGAAGAGUACAAACAUUUUGCAGGCACAAAGUGGAGAGAAUCUGACUUGAGGUUUCUUGAAGAAUAUGAUGCUCCUUGCAUCCGGCAUUCCCUUCAGAGCAUUAUCUAUCGCUAUACUGCAUCAAGGAAGAGACGCUUACUCUACAGAGAAGAAGAGUGUGCUCACAAGCCUGCCGGGAUUGCUCAAGUUUAGUUCCCCUAUUCUUCUCGGUUUUCUGCAAUGCCAAUCAAGCUCGUUUUUUACCCAAACCUUUGAAUUUUUACAAUUUAUUUAACUUUUUAUAACUGAAAUCUUUAUGUAUUCCCAAUUUUGAUCUGGAUUUGCUUCAUACUAAUUCUUUUAUUUUUGGUAAAAACAAUAAAUAUGUAGGUCAUUAUACUUCAAUGAGAUGUUGUAUUGACGUAUUGGAGAUGUUUAUACAUAAUUGCUUGGUAUAUGUCAAUAUGCCAUCCCUCUA